AUGUUUUCCGGAUUAACGAAUCAAGUGACCUCGUGGAUCGGAGCGGCCAAGGGCGAACCGCAGGACGAAGAAGUUCCCACACCCCCGAACUCGGCGUCUACGACUGUGACAGCUACUACUUCCGGGGCUGCCGCAGCAACCACUGCAGCUACUGCAGAUGCAACUGGCGCUGCAGCGGGUGGCGACGGCGGCGAUAAAAGCCCUACCAAGGGAAGCGUGUUCUCGGGUGUGUCAUCGAAGGUAACGGGAUGGCUCGGUAACGCCUCGAUCCCUUCGAUGCCAGCGAUGCCAACUGUCUCCAUGCCAGCUAUGCCAGCGAUGCCUUCCAUGCCAUCGAUCCCGGGUUUGCGGAAGGCGAACCAGACAGACGAAAACGGUGGCAUCACAAACGAAGGCCUGGUCACGUCGCCCGAGAAGGCUAGUCAAGGUAUUGCCGGCUCGACGGAUGCUGCCGAUGAGGAGGACCGGUCAAGGUAUAUUAGCAGGCCUCAGGAAAGUGCCACUGGAGGAGCUGAUUCACGUCCUGCUACUGGUCCUGGAACACCAACCGAAGAAAAUGCUGGACAAAUCGGACAGGUUACGCAUAAGGUUACUGCAGGUGCUAAAUCCAUUGGAUCGUUCUUGUACUCUUCGUUCAACAAAGCUGGCGAUAAGAUUAAACAUUUAAAAGACAAUAGUAUUCUUGGUGAGUUCAGCAAGGAACAGGAAGCGUUCAUAAAAAAUCAACAAGGGGGAGGAGCCGCCGGAGUGUGUCCAUGGACUGGUCAUGCUAAUGAGGCAAAGAUCAAGGAGGAAAUUCUCAGUCUAUCGGCUGAUCGCCGAAACUUUGUCCGAGCGCCACCAGCCGGUGUUGAGUUCGAUUUUGAUUACGACUCGUCGUACCCGGUUGCAUUGGCCAUCAUGAACGAUGACAAAGAGUUGGAGAAGAUGCGAUUUGAGUUGGUUCCCAAAAUCAUCACGGAGGAGAACUUUUGGCGUAAUUACUUCUACCGUGUCUCCCUUAUAUGUCAAGCAGCUGAUUUGGGUACUCUGGGCGAUAACAAUGAGUUUGUUAAACGAGGAGCCAGUGAAGAUACAGAGGUUACCGAACACGCCUCUUCUGGUGGAUCAAAAUUGAUUACCAACCAGAGUGGCAGCAUUAGCUCACCGGCGUCUAGUCCUGAUGAGACAAUGUCACAGACACCGAGCAGUCCAGGGAAAAUACAUGCACCUCAAAGUGAAGCCGCCGGUAGCGUUAUCAGCAAUAAUGCUGGGCCAGCUAAAAGCAAACACAGCGAAUUCAUUUCGGACAGUUUCCAAACAAAUGAACAAGACCUGGAGGAAGUAAAGGCCGGCAUGAAGAAGCUCGGAAUCGAUAGUCUUGCUCAGCAAGCAAAUGAAUCGAUUGGGCUUGAAGACGAAAAGAGUGAAGAACAAUGGGAGAAGGACCUCGAGGCUGAGUUGCAGGAUUAUGAGCUCGUCAACGAUGGCGUCAACGAGCGCAACACUAACUGGGAAAAGGACGUCGAUGAGCUGCUGGAUGACGAGACGGAUUUGAAAUAAAACGAAUGUUUCAAUCAAUUCCUUUGUAAUAUGAUAAACUGUAGCGUAACGAAGUAAGCUAAGGCCUUCGGCAGAGGGUCGACAAGGUGUGAGUAAUCAAGUGGUUUUUACUAUUUAGUGUUUUUGUAUGUGUAAGCUAAAUCCGCGUUUUUCAAAUAGAAGAGUUGAAUUAUGAUAUAAUAUGUUGUCGUACAGGCUGGGCUAUACUUGCUUUGAAGUGAAUCGAGUUCUAUGAUCAAUUUUAAUAUUUUUUCUAUUGGCUCGUAGUUGCCCUGCGAAAACAAAAAUUGAUAAUGAAGUGAUGGGACUAGGAAGCAGGCAAACGAUUGAAUGGCAGUUCCAGCUGUCCAGUUUUCCCGUGUCCUUUUCGCAACUGAAAUGGUAUGAAUUUUCUUCGCGUUGUACUCUCUUGUUGUGUAUGUUGUGUACUUUAUGCACACUUCCCACUUUCCUCGGAUUAUUCGUUAAGCAAUGGGCUUUGUACAACUUUCGCAAUUUGUAACAUUUUUUGUGAGAAUGUUGGAAUCGCUACUGCGCUAUGCUCGCCUAGCGCAUCAUGUUACAAAGCAAUUGAUGAUUAUGCCCGUCCUUUGCGGUCGGAACACGUAUAAAAUAUGCACACACUCACCCUAGCAAACCAGCGAUCUAGAAGCAGAAUAAUAUUAGAGCCAUUGAGCAAUGUGAAUAGAAUAUUGCAAAGCAAAUCCUGGAUUAUGCACCACAAAUAUACAUUUUAACAGAAAGCUAUGCUACAGGUAUAAGCUAAAUAAUUCCCCUUACCAAUUCAACAAAUAUAGUCUUUUGGAGCAUUUUUUAGGCAUGAGGGCAUGGACAUGUUUGGGGUUUGGAUACCCUUGUGACCGAACGGAUGCUUUGGUCAUAGUAAACUUAUCAAAGAAGGAAAUAUGAAUAUUCAUUUGAAUUUGUUAUGGUACAUUACUAAUUUGUUGAUAAUUUUACAAUUCGGUAGUGUAUAAUUAAUAUCUUCAUUUGAUGCUUCGGUUGUUAGUUUUUUAGAUAGAAAAUGUAUCGUAUGAUACAUGAGAUAUGUAUCAGAUAUAUAUAUAACAAUAAUUUCUUACGAAAUAUGCCCUAUAUGCGAUGGAAAACAACACAUUUCAAUGCAUACCACCAAGAACUUUCGUUAAGAUAUUGAAAUAAAACGUAAAUAUUAAGAAUCCAAUUUAUUGUAAUAUAUAGAAAAAUUGGAAGAAAACGUGGAUUGAGACUAAAAAAAGUCAAAGAUAUUCCCAUUUCUGAUCACGAUCUGUAUCGCUUUCUAUACAAUGAAAAUUCAAACAUCACGGCGUGUUAUUCAUUUCUAAAUAAUCUACCAAAACUAUCAAUUGUUAUUUUAACUUUAUAUGAUCUGUUCCAACCAUCCGCAAGCGGUUGGACUAUCAGCGAACGAGAAUAGGAACGUGCGGGGUUUGUCGUUCUGAAAUAUGUAUUGAUUGUCUGUUAGCAGGAUAGAACAUAAUAUAUUGAA